UUUGAAUUGGCGCAUAAUUUAUCGGGCUUGAAAUUGUAGAGUUGUGUACUUGCUUGGUCGUCAAGAUCUUGAUUUAAAUAUGACGACCCCUUCGUCGUACAGCACAUGGCCCAUAAGGAAGUCGAAAAGUUGUCCAUCAGUGCAUGGGACGCUAAGACAUGAGCCACAGCCUUAUGUAUCGUACAACCCAAUACACGGGACUGAUAUUGAGAAGCUGUUGUCACUUGAGAGUGAAAUCCAUGAAAACUGGACCAAAGUCAAGAAAACCAAGGAUGCUGAAGUAUGGCGUAGAAACUCAACCAAUCCAAACACUCCGCCAAUAACAAAGGCUGUUCUACACCUUGAGGGAGUACCAUACGAAAUUGCUGUCAAAUAUAUAACAGACUGGGAACAAAGGCGGAAUUGGGACAAGACUUUUGCUGUUAUUGAUAUCUUAGAGAGGAUUGGAAAUUUCAAAGUCAUCUACUGUUCUUUCAAAAUGCCUUUAUUUUGUAACAAGAGAGAGAUGGUUCUAGCGUGCUUGGAACGCCAUGACUUUGACCAGCGGUGCCACAUACAGGCCAUGUGCAGUAUUCUCCAUCCUAGUGUACCUCAGGUUGUUCAAACCAAAACUAUCAGGGCGGAGUCCUUCAUCUCUGGGAUCAUCGUUCGUCCUAUAAAUGAUGGUUUAGAGUCUUCCAAAGUCACAGUUAUCACACAGAUCGAUUUGAGAGGCAAAGCUCCUCAGGGGAUCAAGAACAACUACCUCGCAGGGAACCCAAUCAAGUGGAUGCAGAUGCUCAAGAAGUAUCACGCCAAGCACAAGGACGAUGUCGAUCGAAAAGUCAGCGAGGCAAGCGACCAAUCCUUUGAGAAGCACGCAGAUCAGAGCCAAUCAUCACAAAGCGGAAGUCCCGAUAAGUCUUACAAAACCAGUAACAGUGUAGAUAACAUCACAGAUUAGGAACCAAUCGCGUAAUGUUUAAAAUAAACUUAGGGGUAUUUGACUCUAAAGGCUUUUUAAGCCAUCUUAUAUGCAGUAGUUCUCGACUUCAAUCCAAGGCUCCAGCAUGAUUUUUCUUAUGUACUCCUAUCAUCGCUUGCCUAUUUGGAUGUAAAUACUAGAAAAACGUGUUCACCGAGGAUAACGAGAAAAACACUGGGUCUAAAACCUACUCACGCGGUGUAUCGAUCAUGCGCAGUAGAAACAACAUCGUUCUGAGGACACUAGAUUUUCUAACCAUGUGAAACGCCGUUCAAGUAUUUCUUUAUUAAGGUUGUGAAGAAUACGAUGUCGGAGCCUAAAGGAAGUCGAGUUUAGUAGAAAAACUUUGAGAGUAUAAUUCUUUCUUUGACUCCGUGUACCAGUUAGUUUCUCUCGACGAGGGUCAAACCAAUGUUGUAGAGGAGACACUUCACGAAAGCGUCAAGUACAGCUGGUAAACGGAGCAUAUUUCAGUAAAUUUCUGUGAAGAACGAGCUUUUUUCCGGUAUUUUUGAAAAUUGAAUAAGUAAAACAGAAAAAUAAUUACCAUAGAUGGAAGAGUAAGUUAAAAUCCGAAAAUUG